AUGUCAGAGAAACAGAAGGGCAUCUCCCUCCGCAAGAAGCGGGGGGACAAGAGCAAGAAGAACGCGCCGCCGCCCACCAUCAGCGCGCCGCGACAGAUUAGUGCGCCCAUGCCCGCAGGCGUCGCUGCUGCCGCCGCCGCUUCACUCCCAAGCUCCGGGCGCCCUUCGAACGAAUCCAGCCGAUCGAGGACCAGACAGGAUGGCCCUCCAUCACAGCCAAGACCGCAGCGGCCAGAUAAAACGGCGGAUCUCGUCAAGAGGAGGUACUCCCAGAAGAUCACGACGCUGCCUAGCGACUUCGGGAAUGGCGAGCCUAUGCCGCAGAUGCCACAAAUGCCUGUUCAGUACAGAGAGAAGAGCCAGACGAGAGAGGGACGGCCGCCCGGAAGCUCCAAUGGACGGGUCCUGCAAGUCGACCCGCGCGCAUUGCGGGAUCCCAACCUGGAAGUAGAGCGAUAUGUAUCAACUAUCCUCGCAGACGCCUCUGAAGCAGACAUCAGCCGCUACCAGGACGAGCUGCGCAAGACAAAGCAUCGUACAUCGCUCGACCUCCAGCACAACGUAUACCAAAACCGCACACAGUUUAUCAAGAUCAGUAAAGAAGCAGAGAAGCUCAAGGGCGAAAUGCGGACGCUUCGUCAGUUGAUGUCUGACCUGACAACUACCCUGGAGCAGACAGCAUCAGCUACGGGUGCCGCCAAUGACACCGCGAGCUCGCGAAGAGCUAACCGAAGUUCGAUCGGAGAUCUCAAUCAAUUGCGCGCAGGCCAGCUACAGCAGCUUUACAGGGACGUUGAGGGCUCGCAAAAGUAUCUACCACCUAUCCCCGGACGAUAUAUCGUGUGGAAGUCAACGAGAUGGUUCGAACUGGACUCUGCAACGCUCAAGGCAAGACGAAGAGUGAGACUACUACUACUGAAUGAUCAUCUCCUUAUCGCAUCAGAGAAAAAGGCACGCAACGAUGUUCCCGGACAGCGUGACGGCAACAGAGCGAAUAUGGAGUUUACUGCCCAGCGAUGUUUUCCCCUACAAGAUACCCAGGUGAUUAGGACGCCGGAAGAGCGCAUCAUCAUACGCGCUGGCUCCGAAUCUUUCACAUACGACACCAAGAAGGAAGACAGUGGUGACAAGUCCGCUUUCGUGGCUACUUUUCGCAAGACCAAGGAUGACCUGCGCAAGAGCCAAGAAGCGGACGUACAGGAGAAAGACCGAACGCAAGACUCCUAUAGCCACCUUCUUUCACGCGACCCGGCUUUCAUGAACAGGACAGAGUUGUUAGACAAUCUCUCAGACGGCAUCAACAACGAACAAGUCAGUACUUUUGUUGAUAUUGACGGACAACAGCGCAAUAUCCGGUGGGUAGAAAGUCAACUAGACGAUUUAGACAUUGAGAUCGCGCUUCAACAUUUCCAGGAGGCAGUCCUGAAAGUGGAUCGGCUCAAGGCACUUGCAAAGAACAUUAGAAGCAAUGAGAUGGCCAAGACAAUCGUCACCUAUAAGGUCAAUGAGCGCGCUGCGAAGCUCGCGAAUGUUUUGGUCAAGCACAUGGUAGAGCACAACAACUGGUUCACCUCUGUCAGGCAACACGUGAGUUGGGUAGUCCAACUAGGCUUCGAAGACCGCGCACGAGAAGCCUAUCUGGAAGCGCGCGGUAACCUGAUCAGAACUCGCACGCGGUAUGUCUCCACUCCACCAAAGUCCAAAUCAUCCACUGACCCUUUCAGGCAAUGCAUAUUCGAAGGCAAUCUCCCAGACUAUAUCUUCCAGAUCUCCUACAUCUAUUUCACCAUCAUCAAGAACACCGUCGACAUGUAUCAGAAGUGCUUCCCACAACAGCUCAUGUCCGCGUGCGUCAAGUGGUCAAAAGAGCACAUCGACCAAUUCAACAUACUAUUAAAAAGGCAGCUAAGUAGCGUGGAUGAAGGCGGCAAUGUGUGGAACGAGUGCUUGAGAUUGGCACAUGAACAUGCUGAGAUGCUGAGGGAGGUUGGACUGGAUUUCACUGAGUUGGUUGGGAAUGGAAUCAGUGAACAGGACGGCGAAGAAGACCAGCCUGUAGGUUUAGGAGUGUCUUAA